AUGAUGAAAAAAGAUUUGAAAAAUGAUUUCAAAUUACAAACCAAUCUAUCUCACUUACCAUCAUCGCCAUCAUCAUCAUCAUCAUUAAUUUAUUCAAAUAAUAAAAUGUCAGAUUGUUCAUUGAAACAUUCAAAGCAUAUUGUUGGUCUUAAUCAAAAUUUAAUUAAUUAUUUUCAUGCAUCCAAUAAUACUGCUAUUAUUAAUUACAAUGUUGUUGAACGUAAAUUAAAAACAAAACUAGAAUUAUUUCCUACAAUGUAUAGUAUACAAGAAAAUGUUGAUUAUGAUUUAAGCAUGAAAUCGCCGAAAAUCACGACAAAUUAUCGAAACAAACAAACAAAAUAUUUAUUAAAUUUUACUCAAAAUAAAUUUCAUAAAAAACGGAAACCAUUUAAUUAUAUGAAUAGUGGAACACAUAAUCAGCCUACAUUAAAUUAUUUUUAUGGUAAUGAAGAGAAUGAGACAAAUAGAGGAAAUGGUAAAUUAUCAUUGUAUCGUUCACCUGCUGCUGCUGCUACUACUACUACUACUAUGACUAUGAAUACUACUUAUACUAAUAGUAGUAGUAGUUCUACUACAACUGUAAACAGAACAUUUUACAAACGUUCUGAUUAUGGAAGAUUUAAACGUAGCAAAGAUUGUGGACCUUCUUUAUCCGAUGUACCAAUGAAUGUUAAUUUCAAUACAUUAAAUCCUUCAUGUACUUCAAAUCGUUAUCAUAUUUUAACAUUUGAACAAGUGAAACUUUUAAAUGAGAUAAUGAAUUCAUCCGUAAGUAUAGCGCCAAAACCGAUAUUUCAAACUUUUCUAGGUACAAACAUUGUUAAAUCAACAAAAAGAAACCCAUCAUCACCAAUAUUGUUCAAUAAACCAUGCUCAUGUUUCUGUACAGAAUAUCCAGUAGUUUAUGAUCUUAUGAAACGAACAUGUACAAAAAGUUCAAAUCAUCCACCCUUUGAUUGUUCUUCUAAAUCUAAUUCACUUAAUGUUCAUGAUAAUAAAAUCGGUGAUCAUGAUGAUGCAGUAACCUCUUCAGUCAUUCCAACUACAGAACGAGUAUCAGAGUCAGAUAAGUUAUUAACAUCGAUUCCGGUUUGUUCUUCCAAUAAUGAAACCAAUAAAAUUGGCAUAGAAAAUACUAUAAAUAAUUGCUGUUUACAUUCUCAUCAAAAUACCGUUUCACAUACUUCAAUGUCGCCAACAUCACAACAACCGUGUCAACUGCCAAUUAUUCGUAUACAGUUGAAGAAACUAAUUAGAACAAUACGUGAUAGACUACUGGAAGAAUCAGUACCGAUUAAAGAAAUACACUUAAAAGGUGGAGUUGCAAGUUCUGUUAUUAUUGGUUUACAAAAUGAACAAAAGUUUCAUGAACUAGAAUUGAUAUUUUAUGUUGAUUUAUGCAAUUCUACAAGUUGUACAAAAAUUAAAUCAGUAGUGUUUUCAAGUAUUGCAAAUAUUUUAACAGAUACAAUUAAUUUAAACAAUUUAUCAAAUUUAACAAACAAUUGUGAAUACUGUUAUAAUCAUACACUUCCAUUUAAUAUAUCAUCAACACAAACAACACAAAUUUCACCAACUUCAUGUUAUUGUACAUAUUGUUCAUGUUGCACAUUGAAUAAAUCUGAAGGAUCGUUUAAUUUAAACAAGGAAAAUUUAGGAAAUUUAAAUCGUAAAGAUACAAUGCAUAAUAUUGACAAGGCUGAACAAUUUAUUUCAAACAUUUCCACAAAUGAAUCACUAGAAAAUCGUCAACCACUACAUGAAAAUCAAUCAAAUAAUUUUCCUUAUCCUAAUGCUAUCACAAAGAAUCAAUCUGAGCAGAAGUUGCCUAAAACUAAUGAAUGCUACAUACCAGAUGAUAAACAGACUAUAAAAUGUACUAAAGAUUUUUGUCGAUCACAGCAUUCUUUCUGUAAUUUGCAUUCAUUUUGUUUUAAUAAUUAUCCAUUCGUAUUGCCAUUAUUUUGUCCAAUAUGUUCAAGACCAUUUAAUAGUUCCAAUCAACAUAACACGGGACAGUACAAAAGUAGUGAAUUUAAUCAGAAAAAAUCCAAUUCCAUGAUAAAUUCCUAUAAUGACUUAAUCAUUAAACAAUAUAUUCAAAAAAUGAUUCGUGUAUUUAAACCAACAUGUAAAACUUCCGAUUCAUGGUGUUCAUUCUCGAUUGGUUAUCAUACUUUAAAUGAAUGGACUGAAAAAAUUAUUGAUUUAAAAUUUAUUGAUCGUAUGCAUCGUCAAUUUGAAUUUACAGUGGAUAGUUUUCAUAUUGCACUUGAUAGUUUAUUGACAUUUUAUGAUUCAUCAAAAAAUUAUUUACAACAAAUGAAUGAGAAUUUCUAUCCUAUUGUUGUUGCUCAAUCAGUUGCUGGUAGUUUUCUAGAAGCAUUGACACAUUUAACUGAUCAUACUAUUGUAACGCAUCGACCAGAAGAGAUAUAUGGUGGCGGUUUAUUAAAAUAUUGUAAAUUAUUAGUUGAAGGUUAUAAACCAUCUGAAAUGAUAGAUGUAGCAUUAAUGGAAAAGUAUAUGUGUUCACGAUUUUUUAUUGACUUUCCUGAUAUUAUGAGUCAAUAUCAUCAAUUGAAUUAUUUUAUGAUGAAUUAUCUUGAAAAUAAUUUGAAAAUUAAAGCGAACUAUUUAAAUAUUUUAUAUGAGGUUGUUUCACAUUCUACAAUCUGUUUAAUGACACAUGAAAGACAACAAACUUUAUGCUUAAUUCAAAUGUUUUUACGUGAUGUAUCUGAACAGGAAAAUGAAAACAAACGAUCCGUGGUACAUUUACAAGAAUUCUUAUCAAAAGAUUGGGCAUUAGAUAAAGUAUUUUAUGGAACUAAUUAUUUUCCAAAAGAAAUGUAUUCAAUUAAUGAUUGUCAGGAAUUUUAUGAAUUGCAUCAUUAUCAAUGUCAAGCCGGAUUGAUCAAAAAUGCAAAUGAAUUUAAUGAUCAACAACAGUAUUCUACCAACUGUAAAAUAAAAUUACACGAUGCAAAAGAAGAUGAACACGUCAAUAAUGCUGAUGAUGGCAAUGAUACUAGUCCUAACAAAGAUGACAAUAAUCAUAAUCUAUUAACAACUGAAUCAUCAAGCGAAGAAAAAUACAUGUCUAACAAUAAUUCUAUUGAGGAAACUGUAAAAACUAACGAUAACUUAGAGAGAAAUAUUGAACAUUCAACUUAUAUACAAAAAAUAAUAGAGGACAAUGAAAAUGCUAUUCAAGUUCGACAUAAAGUUAUAUACUCAAAUCAGGAAACAUUAUCUGUGAAUAGUUGUCCUUUCUGUGCUCAUCACAUUCAUCCUCAAUUUUGUCAAAAUCAUUUUCAUCGUAAUCAUUAUUAUCAGAACUCACAUAAUCAUCAUCAUCAUCAUCAUGACUCAUGUCAUUUUAACAAUGAAAUGUAUUAUCUACCACAACUUGUCACUUAUUUCCCUGUCAAUGAGUAUUUAAUUUCAUUAUUUACAAAUAAGAAUCAAGGAUUUUAUUCAGUUCCAUAUGGUAUCACUGCUUAUAAAAAUAAUGCUAAUAAUACUACUAAUAAUAUAACAGCUAAUGAUAAUCAUUCUACAACAACGAACUUCUUCAAUAAACUUCCACAUUAUCAUGCGAAAAUCAUCCUACCACAAGAGAUCAAUGCAGAAAGAAUAACUAAUGAAAAUAUGCGAUAUUACGUCGGUGUACCAAGCUCUUAUCGAUCAAAUAUAAUCUGCUCAAAAUAUCCCUUAAACAAUAAUGAUAAUAAUAGUAAUCAUACUGUACAAACAAGAGAAGAUAUGUUAACUUAUUGUAGUGAACCGUUUAUUUACUAUGGAUCAGAUCAAAAUUACUACAUUUAUCCGACAUCACCGCUAUCAACACUAUAGCUAACUAACAAUCGAAGCAACAACAACAUUAUCUACACAAGAGAAUAUUUCUACUGUGUAUAAUUAUUCAAUGUGAACAUGAUUAAAUUUAUAGUGUUCUUAAUUUUACUUAUUUUUAAAAUAUUUCGUUUUUUCAUCAUGAUUUUAUCUGUUAAUAAAAAUCAGUUUCUCUGAGUGUAUGUCAGUGAGAGAGAGAGAGAGAUGAAGAGAGGAAUACACAAACAUAUAAAGAAAAGUCAAGAUCUAGUUAGGCAGCAGUAUUAAAAAUUCAUAUUUUCGGUUUAUGCAUUCACAAAGUGAAAAUCAGAAGUUAUCCAAACAUUAAUUUUAAUCCAAAUCAUUACACACAUUGAGAUAGUGACGGAUAGAAACAAAGAAAUAGAUGCCUACAAUUUGUUUAUUAUUAGUGUUGUGCAGUUUAGAUAUUUGUGAGUUGAAUUGUAAUUUUUGUCCGUUAACUACUAUAUUUUGUGAUUGUCCUUUGUUUUUCUUAUUUAUUUAUAUAUUUACGUAACCUUUUUUGUAUAACUGAACUUAUUUUAUUGUAUGUUCGUUAUUUUUCUCGUCGAAAUUUCAUUUAGACUUAUGUGUUUGUCUGUUGUGAUGUUGAUAUACCAUUUUGGUUCAAUAAUCAAUAAAUCGAUAAGAAAUAUUAGCCACAAAGAAGAAUUAUCAUAA